UGUCAGUAAAUUGUCAAAAUUUGAUAUUGUGACUUUACUAUUGUAUUUUCUGUACAUGUCUUUUUAAAUAAAAAUUCUCGGUAAUGGUAAAAUGUGGAAUAAAUGGAUUUGGUCGCCUUGGGCGCAAACUUUUACGUGUUUGUAUCGAGAGAGAGAUCGAUAUAGUGGCCAUAAAUGACGUAAACAUGAGCGCCGACUAUAUGGCUUAUCUUUUAAUGUACGACUCAACUCAUGGCCGCUUUAAGGGACACAUCAAGGUUCAAGAUGAUGUACUUGAAGUCAACGAUCAAAAAAUAAAGGUGUACAAGGAAAGCGAUCCUAAGGAAAUUCCUUGGUACUCCGAAGAAGCGGAAUAUAUCUUCGAAGCAACUGGAUUAUUCACCACAACCGAAAAAGCGGCGCAACAUUUUAACGGGGGUGCUAAAAAGGUUAUUAUCGCGGCUUCCUCACCUGACGCACCCAUUAUCAUGUAUGGAAUAAAUACAGACGAUUAUAAUUCUUCCAUGAAGGUGAUUGCAACAGGCACGGGCGGCGCCGUUUGUGCUGCAGCAAUUCUUAAGGAAGAAAAUCCAGCUGAAUUAAGAAAGUAUACAGUGUGUUAUUUAAUAAUCCCCCAUGUUCUGUAG